GUUCUCGCCCAUCCUCGUCGGCUCGUCAUCCUCUCUGCCCCGAAACAUCCUCCUCUCGCUUGCACCGUCGCCCUCUCAUUUCCCCCAAAUCCCGAUCCCCAAACCCUAGAAUCGCCACCGCCCCUCCGCCCCGCGCUGCUGCGUCGCCGUCUCCAUGGAUUUGACGGCCCCUUCCUUCUCCCUCGGCAUUGACUUCGACGACCCGCCUCCCCCCGCGGCCGCCGCCGGAAGCGACCGCCGUGGGCAAGCGCGAGGGUACGAGGCGCCCGACGCGCCUUCAUUCUCCCUCGGCAUCGACGACGACGACUGGGGCGUCAGAGAGCCCCAACUCCCCGCGGGAAGCCGCCGGGAGGAGCAGGCGCCACGUUACGAGGCGCCCGACGCACCCUCGUUCUCCCUCGGCAUCGACGACGACGACGGCGGUGGCGGCGGGCCCCACCUCCCUGCCGUUAGCCGCCGGGAGGAGCAGGCGCGGCGUUACGAGGCGCCCGACCCUCCAUCAUUCUCCCUCGGCCUCGACGACGACGAGGACGACUUCCUUGCCGGCGGACAGCGCCACGAGCAAGCGCGACCCCAGGUGGCGACCGGGGACCCCUCCUGGCCUGACGAUGAGGACGACGGGUUCCUCCUGGCCGGCGGCAAACGGCCAGAUCCAGCACGAGGCGGAACCCUAGAGCGAGACUCCAUGCCUCUGCAACCGGGUACGACUCGAUUGAAGAGGUUGCGGAGGGGCCCUGCGCCACCACCUUGCGCGCCAACACCGCCUCCUCCCAGGGCACCAGCGCCUGCGGCGAUGGGAGCGACUCCAGAUUUUAACGGGAAGGCAGCAUUGGGUGCUAUUUUGAGCUUGGAGGACGACAUUGAAGAUUUGACCACUGAUGACGAGCGACCACCACGAGGCAUGCCACCAUCCGUUGGUAGCUGCAGGACUUCUAGCAAUUCAAAAUCAUCUCUGCUCAACAACAGUGUAUUGACGAGUCAAUCAACAAGCAAAUCAAAGACAAAAAAGUUUACGCAAAUGUCAAAUUCUGUUGCUUCAAAACCAUUAGAAGAAAGCUACACGAAGAAGCUACUCCCUAAAAUAACUGUAAGCCCACUGAGGAAAAUUCAUUUACUUGAUUCGGACACUGAUUCAGAUGAUAACAAGAACCAGAAGAAAGCGAAGAAGCCUGUGAGUCCUAUUAAAAGGAGACAAGAAUCCAUCCACAAUUAUGUGCAGAAGAAGCCUACCAUACAGCAUAAUGACAAAUCUGAAGGGAGCACUAUUGUGCAGAAGAGCAACAAUGUGAUGAACGACAGUUGGGCGACGCCUGCCCUUGAUGAAUUCUGCAGCGAGUAUUUCAAAUCCGUGACAGACUCAAGGCUGCCUCAGCAGAAAGAAUUCAACGGUUCUUCUGGUUCCAAGGUUUCUCGACCCUACAAUUCUCUUGGUGAACUUGGGGAACAUUUCCAGCAACAAAGCAUUCCAAGUGGAGGUGUACUAGAAGAGGAUCUGACUGACAGCCAGCCUCCUGCCAUGCAUUAUUUCUUCCACCACGAUCUAAUGGUACAGAAACUGGUCCGUGAAAGAUUGCCGCAUUUUAUUCCCAUUGGGACACAAGCUUCACAGGGAAAUGAGUACAGCGGGGUAGAAAAUCUCAACUACAGAAAUCAGUUUGGUCGGAGUGGUGAUGCUAAUGAUCGGUGGGUGACUCCAAAUAGAAGGACCUCUGUCCCAACAGAUGUUGGCAAACGAAGGGUACAUGCCAGUGGAAGUCAGUCUGGAUCUGGCCGUUGGUUCACUGGGGAGGAUGGCAGGAAGGUUUAUGUCUCAAAAAAUGGACAGGAAUUAACUGGCCGUGGUGCCUAUCUACAAUUUAAAAAGGAAAGUGGCAAAUAUCGCAAGUCCAGGAAGAAAAGUACAGUUAAGAAGGAAGGUUCAGCUGGAGCUAAACGGGGUUCUUCCACAGGGAAACGAAGCUCUACAGCCAAAAGGAAGCGAUGAAAUAAAGAGGUGGGUUGGUGGCUUAGAUUCCACAAUGGACUAUAGAGAAGAUUUUACUGUAAUUAGUUUGUCCUGUGCAUUUCAUCUCAGUGAUAGUUAAGAUUAGGCUGGUGGCAUAUGAUUUUACCCUGUCAAUAUAAACAUACACAGUAAGCCUUGGUUACUAUCGUUUUUUGUUAAGGUGAUUUGAGCGACUCAGUUCUCUAAACUGUUGUUGUGCUUCCUCA